AGCGGUAACAACUACCUCCCAGCACCAUCUAUGAGUACAGCGAAUGUGUACCUAAUGCAAGGGUUUCUAUUUUCCAAUGUUCUGAUGACUUUCGUGAAUGUCCUUUAACGGAUGAAGAGGCUUGAUUACAUUAGUUAUUCACUUUAAUUCGCGAUUCAUUCAAUGUUGAAGACAAAAGAGUGACUUUUAUCUGGAGUAGCGGCUGUUUGCAGAUAAAACGAUCCAGGUGGUUCUGCAGCAUGUAGUGGGAUGGAUGAGAAAGAGCAGAACCGCUACGUGGCCCAGCUAAAAGAGGAGUUUGAUAGCUGUGAUACUACAGGCACAGGUUACCUUGACAAAGAGGAGCUCACUGCAUUAUGCUAUAAGCUGAGUUUGGGUGCCCACCUCCCACUAUUGCUUGACAGCCUUCUAGGGCCACAGCAUUAUGCAAGGAUAAACUUUGAAGAGUUCAAGGAGGGAUUUGUAGCUGUCCUGUCUAGAUCAUUGGAUGUCUGUACAUCUGAAGAGGAGAGCAGCUACUUUGAGUCAGAUGUGCAAGAUGCUGAAAUCACCUUUUUGGAGUAUAUGGGUCACCCCUGCAUUUUAGGAAGAAGAUGUAGAUGUCUGUUUGCUGCUCCUGAGGAGGUGAAGCCAAAAUUUGUGAAAGGCACCAAACGCUAUGGGCGUAGGUCACAGCCUGAUAAGGCAGCUUCUUUGCUGACAGCAGACAACUCUGAAGACUCACCUCUGUUUGGAAUGGACCAGGAUGAGACCCUUUGUCCGGGUGGGAGACAGGCCAAGCUCAGACGCUCCGCUUCACUAGAGAGCGUAGAGAGCUUGAAGUCGGAUGAAGACCCAGGGAGUAACAAGCACUCCAUUCAGCACUAUUCUGAGGCCCAAGGUCAGUUAAAGUGCUCGAAGCCAGACAGCUCGGAAAGUCCCAGGCACUCCACUGGUCCUUCCCAGGAAGUGACAGAUGGACAGGUGAGAGCAGUAUGGGAAGAGCUGGGAGUGGGCUCUGGAGGAUCACUUAACAAGCAGGAGUUGUCAUUGGUCUGUGACCACAUCGGUCUCAAGGAUCUUCAAUCUGAGGAAUUAGAUGCACUCUUCAGAAAACUGGACAAAGACCAGGAUGGGAGGGUGAGCCUUAGUGAGUUCCAGAGUGGUUUGUUCAGACAUGAAGGCUUGCCUGCAGCCCCAGCUGCAUCCACCCCUGCCCGACUCCAAACCAAGUGCUCUGUCAUACAGGCAUUCGAGGAGCGAGUGGAGCAUGCCACCUCGCCCUCGCUGCUCUCCGCCACAGUAGGUCAGAGACUGCUGACCCGGCUCGAUGACGGUUCAGGGUACACCACCCCAGAGAGAGUUGUUGCUCUCUGGACUGAGGAAGGCAUCCGUAACAGCAAGGAUAUCUUGCAGACUCUGGACUUUUCUUUGGAAGAGAGGCUGAGCCUUGCUGAACUUGCUCUUGCCCCUGGACAAUGAGCUGCUGGUAGUGGCAACGGCAUCCACCAAGCUGCCCUCAUCUCCUACAAGGAUGAGAUCCAGUUCCUACAAGGGUUAGUACAUCAGGCCUGUCAGGAGAGGGAUAAAGCCAAGGCUGACCUGGAAUUGACUGACCGUCAUAACUUGCAGCUCAUCAGAGAAAUCGAUGAUCAUCAUGCCACCAUGGAGUCACUUAAUGAGUCUAAAGUCAAGGAUCUGGAGCAGGACUUCCGGGAUAAGCUGACGGCCCUGAGAAAUGAGACGGAACGGGACAAUGAGAUGCUGUUGCAGCAGGCUAAGAGGGAGCAAGCCAAGCUAAAUGAGGAAGUGGCGCUCCUUAAGGCUCAAGAAGGAAGUCUAAAGGAGGAAGCCACUACUACCAUUAAGGAGAACAGUCGCUUGGAGGAGGAGAUCAGCGAUCUGAAGGGGAGGUUGUCUGAAUCUGAAAGCACCAUCUCUAAACUAAGGAGAGAUCUAGACCAUGUCUUGCAGGACAAGUACGGUGACAUGGAUCCAAACAGUGGAGGACUGCUGAGUCCAGAGGAGCGUCUCUCGGGGAUCAUAAAGGAGUAUGAGCUGCAGUGUAGGGAGUUGCAGGACAGGAAUGAUGAGUUGAGCUCUGAGCUAGAAAUACUGAAGAGUCGAAGCUCAGGAAGGAGAAGCAGACGAUCAAGAGAGCGCUUCUCCAUUCAUACCUGGUCCAGCCGCAGAACACUAACCACUGAAUCUGAUUCUGAUGACUCUGAAAUGAAAAGGGGCACAUCUCCUCUGGCCAAGAAAGGCACUGACAAGAAUGCCCUGGGUUCCAUGGAAAAUCUGGUCCCUACUUUGAGCAUUGAAACAGAGCUAGCCAUGGAGCAACUGAAGGAGCAGUAUGAACAGGAAAUCCAAGAUCUGAAGAUCCAGCUGGAGACCAAGGUGAAUUUCUAUGAGCGCACAAUAGAGCUAAUGAAGCAGAAUAUGGAAGUGGAGAGGAAGGAGAUCGCACAAGGAUACAAGGUAGAAAUCAGUGAACUUGAAGAACAGAAGGCCCUGGCAGACAAACAGCUGGAGCAGGUUCAGCACACGGUGCAGAGGCUGGAGAGGGAACUAAAGACUAAGGGUGAGCGUAUGGUCUGGGGCCCGAAGCAGGAACAACGACUGCUGCGAGAGCAGGCAGAGCUGGAACAGAACUAUGCUCGUGAAAUUGGCAAUAUAGUGCACCGUCUUACAGCAGAGAGGGAUCAGCUGGAAGCGGAGCUUAAGCUGAAAAUGGACCAGGAAGUCCUGCAUGUUAGGGAGGAGAUGGAGCAACAGUUAUCACAAACGAAGGCUCAGUACAGGGAGGCACAUUGCAGCUUCCUCCACCAGCUGCAAGAGCAGACUGAGUACCACUGCAAGGAAAUUGGUGCAUGGGAGGCUAGAGUGCACAAGCUGGAGCAGGAGGUGCGCAGGGAGCAUCUUCUGAGUGUUGAGCGCUUGGGAGAGGAGCAGGCGAUCUGUAGCAAUGCCGCUCAGGAGGGAAAGAAACUAGAAGAGGAGCACCACGAGGAGGUCAGACAGUUGCGUGAGUGUAUUGGCAGGAUGCAGGCUGAGGCUGAAGUAGAAUCUAGAGUUGAAGAGGAGUUGCUCAUGCUGCAGAGGCAGCUGGAGGACAACACUGUCACUAUGAAAGCCCAGGACGCCCUCAUCCAGAACCUGACCUCAGAACUACAUUCCAAAGAGAGGGAGAUGGAGAGAGGGCAAAAGCUCCUUAGUAAUGUCCUUCUUGAAGUGUCUCAAUUGGAGCAUAAGCUAAAUUUGGAACAAGAAAUGAAAAGAGGGCUUCUUGAACAGCUUUCUCAACAAAAGCUGUACAAAAACAAAGAGGAGGAGUUUCUUGCCAAGCUAUCUCAGCUUGAACAGAGGCAUGUGAAGGACAAAAAGACAGAAGAAGAGCUUCUUCAGAAACUGUGUCAAUUUGGACAUGAACUGGAAAGCAUAAGAACAGAAUCAGAAACAUUGCAAAAAGAGAAGGAACGAAUGCAGGGAAACUUUAGUCGUCUGUCCUCUGCAUUUGACAAUCAGCAAACGCAGCUUAAGGAACAAGAGAGAGAAAUUGAUGAGCUUAAAGAAAACUUGGGGAAAACGCAUGAGGCACUGAUGAACAGAGAUGAAUAUCUGUCACUACAAGCUUCUGAGCUAAGGUCUGUGGAAAUGGAUAGAGUCAAGCUUAGGGAGGAACUAAGGGAUCAAGGCAUUGUUCUGAAUGACUUUCAGACACAGGUUCAAAGGUUGUCUGCGGACUGGGACCAAAGGAAUGGGAUGGUUCAAAACCUGCACAGUGCCCUAAGUCAGGAACAGAACAUGGUUUCUCAGCUAGAGACUCUACUGAACUUGGAACAAGAAGAGAAGAGAAACCUUUUACAUGAGAAUUCCAGUUACAGUCGUCUCUCAGAUCAGCUUUCAUCGCAGAUUGUGGAAAUGGAGGCUGAGUCAGUCAAGCUCCAGGAAAAUAUUGAAGCACUGAGAGUAGAGCUACAGCACAGGGACAACCAAGUACAUGAAUUCAGCAGUCAGCUAGAAGCCAAAACCAUGGAGAUGGACUUGCUCUGGAAUGAGGUACAUCAGAAGAUGGACCUGAUUCAAAAUGUGAGUCAUCUCUCUGGUGAGGUUAAACUUUUGACCAGUCUGCUGGAAGACAAGGAAAAGGAGCUGUGCUCACUUAGGGAAGAGGCAGACAACACUACCAAUCAGUUUCAGCAGUCACUGAUGGAUUCCCAGGCUGAUGUUCAGCGGGUAGAAGAAGCAUUUGAGUGGGAAAAGGGCCAGAUGAAGGAGCAAUUACUGGAAAUGGAGAGACUCGUCAUGGCUCUGGAAAUGGUGAUGGACCCAGCCAGUCCACACAGGGCUCAGCUUGAUGAGGUGAAUUCUGAAAACAGUGCACUGAAAGACAGACUAGUUGUUUUACACCAGGAUGUAGCGAGACUUGAGGAGGAAGUCAACAAAAAGAGAAAAAAACUUGAGGAGAUUGAGAGGGACUAUAUGAAGAUUCGUAAGGAAGAAGAGAAGUUACAAAAAGAGAACUCUGAGUGUCGAGAGCAGGUGUUGGACCUGAGUGCACGAAACCUGCAGCUUAGCAAUGAGAAUGCUGAGCUAAACUCUCGUCUCCGUACUGACCAAGGGGAAGUGCAGAGGUUGUCUGAAAGGCUUGCCCAGGUGUGGCAGGAACAAAAAGAAGCAGCUAAUUCUAUCAGACAGCUCCAGGAGACAACUAGUCAGCUAGAGAGAGAGAAGUUGCAACUGAAUGCCAGCAGACAGCAGGAAAAAGCCUUCUUAGAAAAUGAGCUAAAAGCAGCCAAGGACAAGCUCCAACAUUUAACAGACGUUGAAUCUGCACUGACCAGUCUAACCUUGAAAAACCAGUUACUGCAGAAGGACAAUGAAGAGUUGUUGAAGGAAUCGGAGGAAAAAAACAAAAAGCUUGAAAAACUUCAGGACUGCAUAAACACCCUUGAAAUGCAGGCAGAACAGCUUCACUCUCAGCUUAAUUCCGUGCAGAAGGAGAAAGAUACUCAUGUCCAGGACAUGGCCACACAUUAUAAGCUGCUAAAAGAAUCUCAAGACAAGGUUGUUGAUCUUGAAGCCAGCAUACACGAGCUUUGUAAAGAGAGAGCGCAAUUGCAGCAGGUUCACAGGAUGCAAGAAGAGGCAGCAGCCAGUGCUUUACAGGAAGAGCUGAGGAGUAUGCGAGUUGAGAACCAAGAGCUUCUUCAAAAGGUGGCAAAUUCGGAGUCUAAGAUGCAGACACAGGAGAUGGAACUUCAGAAGCUAAUGCAGAAAUGUGUUACCUUCAAGAACAAACAGGAGGAAAUGGAGAUUGCCAAGAAUGAGGCUGAAGAACAGGCCUUUAGGGCAAAUGCUGUGCUGUCAUUGAGCCAAGCCCAACAUGUUCAUGAGAUGGAGAAGAUGAGGGACCAGGUAGACGCUGGUAACCGAGAGCAUCUGGCUCACCUGCAGGCUCAGCUAGCUGAACAGCAGAGUAGGACACAGCAGCUUGAUGUGCAGCUCUGCUCUCAGGCCCAGCAUGCCAAAACUCAGCUGGGCCUUCAGCAGAAGCAGUAUGAGAAAGUGAUGGAGGACAUGCAGGAGCGAAUGGAGGAGUUGGAAGUCAAGCUAAAGAGUGAGCGUCUGAUGCUGCAGGAGAAGGUCAACCAAUUCAAGGAACAGAUUGCUAAGAAUGUCAAGUCAGAUCUGCUACUAAAGGACCUCUACAUGGAAAACUCACAGCUCAUGAAGGCUCUACAGGUAACUGAGCAGAGGCAGAAAAGUUCAGAGAAGAAGUCUUUUCUCUUGGAGGAGAAGGUAAACGCUCUCAACAAACUCCUGCAUAAAAUUGCUCCUGCCUCUCUUUCUGUUUAGAUUCAUUCCCUCACAAAAUGUGAAAUACCUAGUGUUUAAUCUAGAAAGUGGAACUCUGUCCACAGUAAGAACAUAAACUCCUGGUGUGAGACCUAAAUGCAUAAAUCAGUUAUGUACUUGAACAUCACAAAUGCAGAAUGUCUGGUGCAUUUUGGAUGAGACAAGGACCAGAAUUAUCACUGUGUAGAAUAUGAUGACCAGUCAAUAUGACGAUGCCAUAGUUUUGUGUCUCUUCUGAGACAUGAGUAUGAAAUCAGUAAAAUAUUCUUUGAGCAAACAAGUUACAAAAUUAAUGGUAGUCCACUACAAAUGACUAAAUAUUCAUGGAAAAGGCUUAAAAAUGUCUGUCUGGAAGUAUUCAAAGAACAGUAUUCAUUAAAUGUAGCUUUGAUGCAUGCUAUUUGCUAUAUUUGCACACUUUUUUUUUUUAUCAUUAUGCACUCCUGUACAGUCCAUUUUAAUCAAAUUAAGCACUGGGAGUGUCAACUUGUACUUUUUUUUAUUGAUUUCUAUUCACUCUUAAGGCAUGUCAGAAGCAAGUUGUAGAUGUUGUAAUCAUUGUAUAGUUUGACAGCAAUAUUUUACAUGGUAUAAAUGGUUUUCCUCAA